GUCGGCUGCGCUUGCACGCGGGUCACUGGCCCUGCGCGCUCGUAGUCGGCGUGUUGCGUACGCCCCGACCCUGCUCACGGUCGCCGUCUGGCAUCUUUCACUCACGCGCGCGGGCGUCGGUCGUACCUGCAAACUGGGCAUUUGCCCGGUGCGCUCGUGGUCGGCGUGUGUGUCGUCGCCCAUGCUUGUGCCCGUAUGCCCUCCUGUCUCCCCGCCCGCCGUCCCGCUUCCCCGCCUGCGUGCGUGCCUGCGUAUGUGGUCGCCGGCCGUCUCUGCGUGCUGGGCAUUGGCCCAGCGCGUUCGCCGUCGCCGUGCGCUGUCUGCUAUGCUGUCGUCUGCCGGUCCGCGCGCCCGCGCGCUCGCCUGCUCGUUGCCCGUCCGCUCGCAUUGCGUGCGUUCGUCGGCCAGGGCAUCCUCCCAACACGCCCGCGGCCUGCGUGUGUGUCGCGCUGCGUGAGGACGCACCUCAGGCUGUGCCAGCCUACCUGUUCUCCUGCCCGUCCGCUCACCGACUUGCCCAUCGACUUGCUCAUUCGCCGGCUUGCCCGUCCUGCAUUCGUCGGCCGCGUCUGCGUGUUGUGGCGCAGCGCGCUCGCGGUCGUCGUGUGUGCCGUCGUGCUGCAUGACGCCGCGAUCUGUGCUGACCCGACCGCUUGCUUCGCGCAACCACCCGCUUGCUCACUCACCUGCUCGUCUCACAAAUCCUUCCGUACGGUCGUCCGCCCAUCCGCCUGUCCGCUUGCUCGCUCGUACCCCGCUCUUGUGUCCGCUCGCCCGCCCAUUUGCGUGGUGUGUGCGUUGACCGUUCGUCGGCCGUGUGUUCGUGGUGGGCAUUCGCCCUGCGCGCUCGCGGUUGGCGUGCUCUGCGCGCCCCCUGCCCCACGCCUGUGUUAGCUUGCUAGCUCGCGUGCAGUUGUACUUACCUUCGCCAGUGUCAUACACUCGCCACGCGUUCGUCGGCCGCGUCUGCAUGCUGGGCACU